AUGAAGUUCAUGAAUGUCCUUUUUCUCGCUGCCAUGGGCGCCUCAGCAGCCUAUGCCAGUGACACUGACGCCAAAACCGUGACUGUCACGGUCACCAAUAAUGUGUGCCCUACUUCUAUCAAGGCCACUACUUUGAGGACCUCCACUUCCAGCAGCCCUACUUCCACUGCCUCCGAUAGCUCGGAAAGCUGCAUCGCAAGACAUGGAGACUGCACACCAAACACCUGCUGCUCUGGGCUCCAGUGUGUUGGCUACACUAACUGGAGCAUCGGAAAAUGUGUUCCUGGCCCUGAAUGA